UCACGAUCGGCAAAGUUGACAUCACCUUGCGCCGCGAGCAAGACAGAGCCAGGCGAGGCUUCAGAAGCAGAGCUACGGCCCCGAAACACACGUGCCUUACUUGUUCUGAGGAUGAAUCAUGAUUGCGCACGCAAUAACGAAUUAACUUCGCGUCUUGAUUUUCGAAGACGACACGCUGGAGACGACUGGUAAUGAUAGGCUCAGCAGAGGCAGCGACUCCCGGAUGGGAGGGAAGAGGCGCGCUGGCCGCGGCAAAGAACCCCUGGCACGAUCGCGGCCGCCCCACCGCGGACGCGGCCAGCACGGCCCUCGCCGCAGAAGCUCGAACAAAUGACCGCUCCUGGGGGGGGGAACGGUUCCAAGGGGAUGCGAAUUGCGCCUCGCUCUGAUGCAACUCCUGCAAGGCGGUGGCCGCGGAGCCCAGUCGGAGCCUCUGGUGGCGCCUUAAAUAUGACACCAGCGCGGGCCACAUCAAAUUGACGAAGAGCUCGCGCAUUCCAGGAAACGAAGCGAAGACCUCUCGCCGAGGAGGAACCACUCGGAAACUGGAGGCGAGAUCGCGCGACCACCGCGGCAAAACGGCAAAAAGUGCCACUCAGGCCCGCGGUCGGGCUGGACGGUCCCCUGCACUGCCUCGACCAGGGCCUGCUUCGACACGCCGUGCUUCGCGAUGGUGCCAGGGUUCCACGGGAUCUCGGUUGCUUCACGGCCAAGGAAAGUUUCGAUCUUGCACGGCGCGUCCCACGGGAGAGAGAGAGAGAGAGAGACAGAAAAAAAAAAAAAAGAGCCAGCCACGAUCACGGUCGAAGAAGAUCUUCUGCUCGCGCCCGUAGACCUCCUGCAAUUUCGCACGCAACUUGCGACCCACCAUCUCCGUCUUGACUUGCUUCGGGUUCUUGUCAGCCGAGGUGUGUAGCUUUGCCGUGCCCCCAGCAUGUGCGGGGACCUCGAAGUCACGCCCCAGCCGUGGUUCGAUGUUCGGAGGCUGCCCAAGGUCUUUUGCGAACGACGAGAUCCCAAGCCAGUCGCACCCAGGAGCUGAAGCGCGAAGUAACUUCAAGAGCGGGUCGGCACAGGACAAGCGCCACAUGUCCUUAGACAUCUGGAUCUCUUCGAGCCACGGGGUGAUGACGUCGAUGAUGACCUGGCACUGCGCCAACUUGCCCGCGUUGAUCUUGAUGAUGGUCGCAUCCGCGUCCCUCUCGAACGCCAUCGUCCCGCCGAACACCUUGGGAGCGGGCUGCGAGGAGUUCGCGGCCAUGAGGGCUUCAGACAGACGGGCAACUUGAGCCUGCAAAUCAGCGGGCGAGCGGGCGCGGUCAUCAACUUAAGCAUCCACUGCAUUGAUGUCCAUCUUGAAAUAGCCGCAACGGCCCAUGAUCCCCCUGCGAAGCUCAUGGGAGUAACUGCAGCUAUGGUGCCACCACCCGUGGUCUCCGGCAACUGCUGCACAUCCUGCUUGCACUGAGCCAGGCACCUGCUGAAGUUCGCGAUGGAAGGGUCUGUGAUCGUCGUAGCUUCCGCAGCGAUGGCAGAUUUGAUCGAGGAGCCCACGAUCUCGUCGACCUUGGCCUGAACGUCGCCGAGCCGCUCAUUGACAAUCUCGAAGCACAGGGUACGGAUGUGGUCGUCGUCGUAGUCGUUGUCGCCAUCGUCCAUGCGGUGGGGUUCAGCUUCAGUGGGGGUCGAUCCAGCCGAACACCAGCUUGCCGUUUGCCAGGCUUGAACACCAGCAGCGCCACGGCGGGCAGGCGGGCCAGAAGCGGAUACACCACACUGCGUGCCCAGAGCGGAACCAUUGGCAGCAAACAUCGACUCAACUGGUGUGGGGGCACAACUCCCACAGUGGAGGCUCACGAGAAACACUGCCAGGCAAAACUGCCUUGCCUGCCGCGGUGACAGCGGUAUCUCUGCAGGCACGGAAGCGCGGAGCCCCCAAAGUGCAAGCAUC